AUGGACUCUUCAGAACUAUACCAUGUCAAGCAACAAUUCACUCUCGGCGCCUACAAGUCUCUCGUAGACCUCACCCUCCCCGACGCUCUUUCACCCGAGUACAAUCCAACACUGGUCUACCAGGCUCGCGCACACAUAGCUCUUGGAAAUACCGCGGCAGCGGAGGCAUUGAUCCCAGCAGACACCGAGAAUGUCGCCCUGAAGAGCGUCGCGGCGCUGGCGCGCUUCGUGACCGCAGACGAAGAUGCGAGGGAGCCGAUCCUGGAGGAGUUCCGAGACCUGAGCGUGGAGAUCGAGGGAGAAUGCGAUGCGAGCGCAUGGGAGAAGGGCGUCGUGCGGGUGCUCGCGGGGACGGCCUUCGUGCGGGUGGGAGAGAUCGAGGAGGCAUUGGAGACUCUCGGAGCGGGCAACGACACACAGAACCUCGAAGCUGUCGCAUACACCGUCCAGGUCUACCUCUCCAUCCACCGCCCCGACCUCGCACGCAAGGAGUUCGAUCGCGCCAAGCGCUGGGCCGAGGACGACCUCCUCCUGCAGCUCAUCGAGGCCUCGAUCGGCCUCGGGAGCGGCAAGGACGCCUACUCCGACGCGCACGCCUUCUACACCGAGCAGCUCGCGAACCCCUCCCUCUCCUCCCCGCACCUCCUCACCGCGCGCGGCGUCGCGCGGCUCCUCCGUGGCGAAGUUCCUGCCGCGACGAGCGACCUCGAAGAGGCACAGUCGCAGAUGGGCGGCGCGCCCGACGCGGAGACCCUUGCAGCCCAGGUUAUCGCCGCCGGCCUUGCGGCGCCCAAAGCGGCAGAAGCGGACGAGCUGUUCAGCAAACUGGCUGCGGAGCACCCAGGCCACCCGCUCGUGACGGAUUAUCACCAAAAGGCAUCCUUGUUCGACGAGCUGGCUUCAAAGUUCACGGUCCCCCCUCUUGCCGCGGCGUCGGCUUAG